AUGGGGCAUCCUUCCUGGCCCGGCCCGGCCCGGCCGUGCUGUCUGUCCGCCGGGGGUGCCGGCCGGGCCGCCAUGGCGGCGGAGCGGGGCCUCCUCCCGGCCCUGCUGCUGGCGCUGCUGGCGGGCGGCGGGCAGCAACCGGGCGCCGCCGACUACUGCAGCUGGAGGGGCAGUGGUUUGAGCUGGGAGCCCCGUUCCCGUGCGGUGGAGCAGGUCCACCUGCGCUGCACUGAGGGCUCCCUGGAAUGGAUGUACCCAGUACGAGCCCUGCGUGUCAUUCUGGAGCCCAUCCUGUCCAGUGCCCAGCACACCACCGUCUGCAUCAAGCCAGCCAGCGACUUCCAGGGUGCUAGCAUCUACGUGGAACGUGCUGGGCAGCUGCAUCUGGUGGUAAGCGAGGCUGGAGGGGCUCGACCCCACCACGUGUCUUGCUUCAGUGCCCACACACCGCAACGAGUGGCCCUCUUCCUGCAGGCCAGCCCGCAGAGGGACAUCAGCCGCCGGACGGCCAGUUUCCAGUAUGAGCUUCUGAGCAACCAGAGUGCUGCUGGCCCUGACUUCAAAAAGAUGGCACUGGUCAAGGCUAUGUGCCGUCCUUGUGACAAUGUGGAACUUCUUAUGGCUAUUUGCAGCAGUGAUUUUGUGGUGAAAGGAUCUAUCCGAAAUGUUUCCCACGAUUCUGAGAACCACAUGUCACAGGUUGAUGUCAACGUCCAGAAAGUCUACAGACAGAAAAACAGAAUUUUCCAGCAAGAUGAAGCAAGUGGUGAAUGGCGAGGCCCUAUACGAACCCUGCUACAGUGCAAGGUGAAGAAGGGAGCUGGAGAUUUUCUUUUCACUGGAAAUGAACAUUUUGGCGAAGCCUGGUUGGGCUGUGCUCCUCGGUUUAAAGAUUUCAGUUUCAUUUACCAUGCUGCCAGAGAAAGAAGAGCCAACCCAUGCGAGUUUCAGCUCAAUUGACAGGAGUAACACAGGACAUGAGAGUUGAAAAAGUUCAGCCCUGUUUUUGGAUACUGAAUCUG